AUGGCCGAUCCGGACGAUGGACAACCAAAAAACUAUUAUGAGAGAAUUCAAUUGCAGAACUAUAAGUUUCGUAUGUAUCGAAAGCGCGGCUGGUCAAUGAAUUGGGAUAAACAAUACGUAAAGGAUAACCGGCAAUAUUGGUCAAAUUAUCACUUGCCUAGGCCCGGCCCACCACCCAUCUUCAAUGAUAGGCCCGAAGAUUGGCAACAGAGACGAUAUCACAACCCUUCGGCAGUAUCAUCAGGGGGUCCAGAUAUAGAGGAUCCACAACACGGUAGUGAUCCGACCGCUAAUAAAGCGAGAGAUGUAUUGCAAAAUGUCAAAAAUUACUUUCGUUCCCCUAUAUUCCGUUACCAGAAGGUCUUAGGUUUCGGAGGUUUGGGACUGGCACUUCACUUUAGGUAUGAUGGUGAAGGAGUCCCUAAAGACGUCGCUAUGAAGCUCUCUCUCGCAUCAUGGGAAUCAGAUGAGUUACGGAAGGAAGGAAGAGCUAUGGAAUCGAUGUUGGGAGCAGCACAUGCCGUUCAGCUGGUGCACCCAGAGUCGGUCGGUAAAGAACCAAUGGAUCCAUAUUAUCCGAAACCAUCAGAGGACGACUCUUCCGACGAUGAAAACUCUAGCGGUGAUGAAAGUAUUGAUCAACCGUACCGUCCUCCAAGAAUUCCCCGUCGUCAAAGGUCCGCAGAGGAAUUGCAAACGCGGGCGCAAAGCUUCCAUAAUCGCUAUAGGACGUGGUAUUUCCGUAACGCUGCAUUAGAGUCUAGGAAAGAUUACCUACUCCUCGAGUAUAUUGAGGGAGGUGACCUCCGGAUGCUGAUCAAUAGACUAUCGGAUGCAACCACAGGACCUGGAGGACCCGGAGGGGUCACACCAAUCCCUAAUAGAAUACUUUGGGCAUUAUGGCUUUGCUUGAUACGGGCUUGUGUAGGGAUGAAAUAUCCUCCCCGUAAAUUCCACCCCGAGCGGUUUGUCAGGGAAGACCUCAUUGAGGAUGCCCCUAACGCUCGCAAAAGGUGGAGAGCCAAGAACUGGGUUCACUUUGAUAUCGACCCGAGCAAUAUUUUUGUUGGGAAUAUUGAGCGCCCGGAAUGGGACGAGCCGGCAUCCACGAAUCCACCUUACACAAGACCUAUAACUCCUGGUGAGGGCCCAUCUUCUAGGGAAGACUACAAUCCACAACAUCCACCUACAGCAACCAUGAGUUAUUUUUCAGGAGCGCUUCGACAGCUGAACGUAAUAGUGACUCGCGGCGAAUCGUCUUCGGCACAGAAAGGUAAAGCGCCUGAAAGUGAAUCUGGCAAACGAAAGUACGAUAUAUAUCAUAUGGAUAGGGCGGUGGGUGAGCAUUUAUUCGUCCCAAGACUAAAGCUCGCAGACUUUGGGUUAGCAGAGCAAAUUAAAAGUCACAAGCGAAACGAAUAUUAUGCGAGGAGGCGACAGUGUGGCAAGGGUGGAUAUCUCGCGCCCGAACAAUUCGCGUCGGAUUGGGAUUUGGUCCCCGGCGUCCCAGAUGGGCCGGAGGUGGGCGAAAAUCCAGUGGCAGGGAGCUAUAACUCGGCAACGAACGUAUGGGGUAUCGCAUUGACGAUGUGGAUUAUCAUAACCCAAAGAAAACCACCGUUACCACCUCAACCUCAAAUACCACCCGGGGUGUGGAUACCAGGUGGGAGGUUCCUCCAACCGGAUAUCGACGACAUACUAAGGAACAUUGGACCAAACAUACCAGUAUCCUACUGUCCAUUGUUAAUGGAUGGACCAUUCAAUCAUGUCGAUGAAGACCUCAGAAGAGCAAUAUACCAGUGCAUGUACCACUACCCGGAUCAACGCCCGACAGUUGAGGAGUUGUUAAUUCAAGCACGGGUAGGGAUUCAGAAAGUUUUCCCUUACGAGACCGACGAAGUCAUCAAUAACUGGGUUGAUAGAUUCGUACUGAGCGCACCGACCAGCUAA